UAGAACAGUGAGGGAGGGCCUGGCUGUGUCGCGCCGGUGAGGGAGACAGGGGAGGGGCAGAGAGGAUUAAUCUGUAAAGUGCCGCGACACUGACACAUGGGGCCCUAGAGUCAAAGGGACAGGCAAGUGCAACGCAGCACCUACUUAGAUUGUAAGACCCAACCAAGCGGCCCAUCGGGUGUUUUCAGGAAGGGGCAGAUAGACAGUCGGGGCCUGUUUAGAGUGUAGCAUAUUCCCAUAGAGUGGUUGUGAGAAGCCAUGGCGCAAGAUGGGGAUAAGCAGUCAGAAGAACCUCAGGUUACUUUGUACACUUUAGAGGAUGUAAGGAAAAGGAACACGGCCAAGGAGAUCUGGUUAGUGAUACACGACCGAGUGUACGAUAUCACUAAGUUCGUGGAAGAGCAUCCUGGUGGGGAGGAGGUGCUGUUUGAGCAGGCAGGGGCAGAUGCCACAGAGAGCUUUGAAGAUGUUGGCCAUUCCAUUGAUGCCCGGGAGAUGCUGAAUCAGUAUUACAUUGGAGAUUUACAUCCGGAUGACUGUAAAAAUCAAGGUAAAAAGGAUGUUCUGCUAACCACAUCAUCCAGCACAUCCAGCUCUUGGUCCAGCUGGUUGAUCCCUGCAGUGGCAGUCGUCAUUUUGGGUUUCAUGUACCGUUUUUACACAGUCGAUAGUCGAUCCUCCUGAAAAGCAGCACCUUUCUAAAACGUCAACCUGCUAAGUGUCUUUACGCACAAUAAAAGAAGUGGAAUCCACACACACUGCCACAUGGAUACUACCCCAUCUCUGCCACAGAUGAAGGUUAAAUUUCUGACACGAACCACCUUGUUUUAUGUUUGGGACCAAGACUCAAUACUGUGAAUUUUGUCAGCAAAUUUUUUGCCUGUCAACAUAAGACCUUCCCAAAGGACAUGAACAGAGUAUUGCUGUUGGACUGUGGAGCAAACUCCAUACAACUAAAUUUAUUUUACACUCUCUGGAAAAAGCUUUCUUUGUAUAAAGCAACAAAGUAAAAAAACGUUGGAGAGGAUAUAUAUUAGGGUAAAAACAAUAGCUCAUCCUUUGUUGAGUUGUCACAACUAAGUCCUUUCAGAUAAGGUCCCUUUUGCAGGGGUACAUGGGGAGAUUAGUCGCCCGCGACAAUGGGGAUUUGUUGUGGCGCGACUAAUCUGCCUGUGUGCCACUGCCCUUAGGUAUUAGAUAUAUUAUCUGGAAUACUUAGGACCUAGGGUUUUCUAGAUAAGUAAAUUGUUUUACCACCAAUACUGAUUUAUGCUAUCUCAGUUAAGAUCAAGUACAAGGUAUCUUUCUUAUUACAGAGAAAAACAUUUGUUUGUCUAAAAUAGGCUUUAUGGGGGAUAGCCUUCCCAUAAUUCAGAGCUGUUGGGAUAAUAGGUUUCUGGCUUCAUAUUAUUAAAGAAAAGCAAUCCCUUUAUAAAAACCACAGUACAGGUAUGGGAUCUGUUAUUCUGAAACCUGUUGUCUAGAAAGUUUACAGGAAGGCCAUCUCGCAUAGACCUUAUUGUAAGCAAAUAAUUCUAAUUUUUAAAAAUGAUAUUCUUUUUCUCUGUAAUAAAAACAAUACCUUGUACGUGAUCCAACUAAGAUAUAAUUAAUCCUUACUGGAGGCAUGUUUAAAUAAUUUUUUUUGAGCAUUGUGGAUAACAGGUCCCAUACCUUUGUUCAAUGGAAAACGUGUCCUUAAAAGAACAAUAAAGCCUAAAGGUGACCAUACAAGGGCCGAUAUGAGUGGCAAGGAAUGUAUCGGCUUAUUGAUUAGGACCUCAUCCCAACGACCUGUGUCCCAUCAAUUUAAUCCGAUCGUUUGGCCCAAGGGCCAAAUGAUUGGGUCAGUCUGAUAUUGCCUGCCUCAAGUUGGACGUAUUCUGGAGAGAUAUGCUUGUUUGGUGACCUCACCAAACAGGCCUAUAUAUUCGUGUAUGUCCAGCUUUAGCGUGGAGACAGUUCAGAUUGGCAAGUCUUGAAGAGAAGAUAGGAAGUCUAGCUUGCUCACAGUCUGGGAGGUCCGUGUGGGGCAGGGGGCAGGAAUAAGUUACUCUUUCAACCAUAAAGUAUGUCCUCUCCAUUUUUUUUAACUUGUUGCUUAGAGUAUCAUUCAUUUGGGUCUUCAGAGAUAACGGGUUGCAUAACUUGUUACGCCCAUAAUCAUCCUGCGUGAUAUAACUACAAUGAAUAAAGCUGCUCUGUCCAAUUGUAGUGGUCAGACAGGUGAUGCCUUGUCUAUGUUGUGCAUCUGAAGGCAGGAGAUGCAGCUUGUUUAGUGUUCAGUGUUUUUAGCCUUGUAUCCGUGAGAUGUAAUGAUUAUUUUACGUUCUCUGCCUAGGAUUCUAUAAUGUUAAUGCAUCUCAAUUUAAUGCCAUAAUUUAAUGAAUUUCUCUCACAGAGCUAAA